AUGCCUCGUGUGACUGGCCUCGCUCUACACGACCACCCUGCCUAUCAGCGCUACCUAGAAGGCGAGCCAGGCAACCCAGGAACUGUCAAGCGAUGGUCUGGACUCACACCUUUCGAGCGGGAUGAGCAGGGGAGGAUUGUUCUUCCUAUGGGUGAGCGCUUCUGCCGCAUGCCUCAUCGUGGAGGCGAUGGUAUCCAGUUGUGUAGCAAGGAUGGCCUGUUUUCAGGCUACCAGAAUUUAAAGGGGCACAUCCGCAUGACGCACAAGGAGGUGAUUGCGCCCGCCCAUAGGGGUGCCAGUACCCAAGCUGAGAUUGACGACACCACCAACUACUACACUCUCCUUGUUGCUCGACUCACUGGCGCCGAUGAUGGCGAGGGAGAGAUCGCUACGCCUCGCAAGGCCAGUGGUGAAAGUGUGGUUGUCUGA